CUAUGGUGACAUUGACUUAACACCACGCAAACAUAAGUGACAUAAAUUUCCUUGUUACUCGAGAAAAUACAAAUAGGACUAACCCAUGGAAUGAUUACUAACGAAAAAAUUAUGAUGACUAAUACGAUGAUAUUACAAAUCUUUGUCUAUAUAAGACAGAAUGACAAGCCUUUCAGAGCUUAAACCACUUUCCCAUUUAAGAUGUCAGAAAAUAGCUUGCCCCUCCAAAACAAAGUAGCAAUCGUUACAGGAGCUUCACGAGGAAUUGGAGCAGCAAUAGCUGAAACUCUGGCACGCCGUGGUGCUAAAGUAGCCAUUACCUUCACAUCUGACAGCAGCAUUGAUGCGACUGAACAGUUGGUGAAAAAAAUAAAGGGUUUUGGCACCUCAGCGGAUGCGAUCAAAAUUCAGGCAGAUUUGCGUGAUGUUUCAAGUGCUAAACAUAUUGUUGAUGCCACAGUUCAAGCUUUUGGUCCUACCAUCCAUAUCCUUGUUAACAAUGCAGGGUACGCAGGUCAACCAAAACCUAUAGGAACAAUCACCAUAGAAGAUUAUUCGAGUAUUUUUGAUGUAAAUGUUCGUGGCGUCUUUUUCAUGACAGAAGCGAUAGUGCCAUAUCUUCCAGAAAAUGGAGGAAGAAUCAUUAAUAUCGGAAGUGUUGCUGGAAGGAUAGGAUUUCCUCAACAUUCUGUAUACUGUGCAAGCAAAGCAGCAGUCGAAGGUUUCACAAGAUGUUGGGCCGCCGAAUUAGGCCCUCAAGGCCAUACCGUAAAUCAAAUCAAUCCAGGAGCCGUUGACACCGACAUGCUGAAGGGAUUUGGAAGUGGAGGCGUAGAGCUCGCAAAAAAUACUCCAUUUGAGAAUCGCUAUGGGCAACCUCAAGAGAUAGCAGAGGUUGCUAGUUUUCUUGUCGAUGGUAGCAGUCGAUGGAUCACUGGACAGGUGAUUUCGGCUUCUGGUGGAUUGGCUAUGUAUUAG